UCUUCUUAAAAACCGGGUAUCUGCAACUCUCAAACUUUCUUCUACAAACUCCAUAACGCCAUCACCAUGAACCGAGAAGUGUUGCAGAGCUCACCGGUGCAACAGAUGAUGGCCGGAAACCACCCUGACUGGUGGAGCAUCCACACCAUGCGGUCAUCACCAACUCAUCAACAGUUACCGUCUCCUUUCUUCUCCCAGCCGCCGCCGCCGUCUGCUUUCUUCCCUCAAUUCAUCCCCAUCUCCACUUCUUCUUGGCAUGAUAACCAGGAGCUUCCCGAGUCAUGGACUCAACUACUCUUGGGAGGGUUGGUGGGAGAAGAAGAAAGGCGAAGCAUUGCAUUACACCAUGCGUCAACUGCUAACUCUAUUGUAGAUACAAAUGUUUAUGCUCAUCAGAUAAUGGCUGCUGCUGCUUCAUCACCCAAGUCUUGUGUAACAACAACAAGUUUCACCAAUAACAUGUUAGAUUUUUCUGGUAACAAAGCCGAUGAAAGGCAGCCACCUAUAGAUCGAUCUUCUGAGUGUAAUAGCAGCACUGCAACUGGUGGGCCAUUGAAGAAAACUAGGGUUCAACCUUCUGCAACUCAAUCUACCUUCAAGGUGAGGAAGGAGAAGCUGGGAGAUAGAAUUACAGCACUCCACCAGCUUGUUUCACCAUUCGGGAAGACUGACACAGCCUCUGUCUUGUUAGAGGCUAUUGGGUACAUUAGAUUCCUUCAGAGUCAAAUUGAGGCUCUCAGCUUACCGUACCUGGGCAGUGGAUCGUCUGGAAACAUGAGGCAGCAACAACAGUCUCUGUUGAAUGAAAACUGCACGAAGAAGAGGAAAGGUGGUCCAGAUGAUCAGCAGGAUUCUAAUGAAGACCCAAAGAAGGACCUCAAGAGUAGGGGGCUUUGCUUGGUUCCUGUAUCGUGUACACUUCAAGUCGGGAGCGACAACGGAGCCGAUUACUGGACUCCUCCUCCUUUCGGCGGUGGUUUCCGAUAGAUGUUGGCUUAUUAGGGUUAUCGAAAAAGGGUAGCAUUGCACACACAUGGGAGCUUCAUGUGGGAAACGAUAUAACAUCACGAGCAGUCAAUCUGCUAAAGAAAAGUUUCAAAGGUCGAUUGCUCAUGAUGCUAUACACAAUAUGUUGUUGUUAAUUUUCAUUUUGGACUACUUCUAGAUGAUGAUGUGUGCUAAUUGCUAA